GACGCGCGCGCGGGCCGCACGCUCGCGACAUGGCCGAGCCGAACACACCACAGCUCAUAACAAAGUUUAAUUAAAAAACCAAAAUGUCAUUUCGAAGACUGCUGAGCGCGGUCCGCUCUGCGCGGGAAGCGAUAACCCGAGGAGCCCCCAUGGCGGACGGACUCUUAAAAUCCUUCUUAUCAGUUGUUGUAAUAUUUUGCAUCGCGGUGUCGUCGCCGCCGUCGGCGUCUGCGAAACCGUUCGCGUUCAGUUUCCCCGCGGGAUGGUCGCUGGCGGGGCUGGUGGGCACUGUGGGCGCCAGGUCGGAGGACGCGGAGCGCCGGGAGCCGGCGGCGGGGGCCAAGCCCUACACGGGGCGGCGCAUCGCCAACGACACGCUGCGGAUGGUGUACCACCACGACCUGACCGUGGCCGUAGUGGAGCUGGGGCCCAACAAGCUGCUCCUCAACUGCGAACUCAUCGAGACACAUGACGAGGACGACACGGGCCGGCUGCUGCGGCAGCUCAGCAGGAUCAACAGGCCGCUGGGCGUCACCUUUCCGCAGAUGGUGCGGCUCAUGGCGCAGUGCCAACAGGUGGCAGGUGUAGAAGCGUUUGACGUGGGCGGUGACUCACCUACCACAGGCAGCGGUACCGGCGGCGGCGGCGGCGGCUGGCGAGAGACCGGCGCUGCGCGGGCGCGGCUUGACGCGGGCGGAGCGCACGCAGGCCUCCUCGGCGGUAGUCCUCUGACGUUACUGCAGGGGAUCAUACCAGGUACAAAGUGGUGCGGCACUGGUGACAUAGCUACAGACUACCACGACCUGGGCGCAGACAGACGCCUGGACCGCUGCUGCCGCACACACGACCUCUGCCCCACCAAGGUCCGCGCCUUCUCCAGCCGCUACAACCUCACCAACAACUCGCUGUACAGCAAGUCGCACUGUACCUGCGAUGACAUGCUCUUCGAUUGCCUCAAGACGACCAACACCUCCGCCUCGCACCUCAUGGGACACAUCUACUUCAAUAUCGUUCAAGUACCAUGCCUCGAGGACGUCGACAACGCACGACGAUUUCGGAACGCCAGGCAGGGCUUUUAACUCCAUCUACCGGAGAAUAGCGGAAUUUAACUCAUCAGCGCCAUCUAGUAGUCACGAUAGUGUGUCAUGCAUGCACAGAUUUUUUUGAUGCUGUAAAUUUUGCAUUUUACAAAUCUUCGUGUUAUUCUCUAAUAAUGAGUUUGUAAAUAAUUAUUAAAUUUGAAUAAUGUUCUUAUAAAACAUUAGACAUCAAGCUGUGAUACGUCUGUGCCUUUAAAUGUACUAGAGAGUAUUUUUGUUAGAGGAUGGCGCUAUACAAAUAAAAAACAUUGUUUUAAAUAUGUAGAUAGUAAGAUAUUUAUUUAUUUGUUACAAACAUUCAUGACAAAGAUGCAGAUUCUCUAUUGUUAUAAAUAGUAACAAUAGUUUAAUAUUUGUUUAUGGAGACAAAGAUAUUUUAUAAUAAUGUAGAAAAGUAAAUGUGAAUUAGUUCAUACCUACCAAAUAAAAUUAUUUAUUUUAAAUCA